AUGUCUUUGCCCCUGGAACAGCCGGAGGAGGCAAAGAGCAAGGUCAAGCACAUUUUGAACCCUCGCCGGCUCCUGAUUCUUGCUCCAAGUACGGAAUCUCACGCUGUUAUCCCACCAUUUCUCACUCGCUUGACCGGCCAGCUCCCCGUCCUCCCCUCACGGCAGUCAGACACGAAACAAGCCGACCGUGAUGCGACAAUCGACAUCUCAGACGUCGCAUCUACAUCUACUACCCCACCUCCGGCAUCAUUUGCAGGAUACACCGCGCACACACCGUUACAACUAAAUACAACAUAUUAUAGCGCGGAAAUACCACUAUGGGUCGAUGAAGUUCCAUCACUUUCUUUAAUACCUUCACCGGAUCUUGCCUUGCCAUCGGCGGAGGAGGAGGAUGCGGGCUCCCCGGAAGCUUGGAGAAAGGAAUUCGCCAGCGAAGAAGCGCGAGAGGUUAGGGAUGCUAUAGGCGCAAUAAUACUGUGUAUGCAGAGACCGAAACCUCCUGACCCGGCUUUAGUAAAGGAUAACGUGCUGGACGGGAAUGAAAACGACAGUAGUGCUGUUUUCCAACGCGCGGUAGGCAGGAUUAAAGACCUUGCCCGUGCAGUUAUAGAAGUCAAAGCACAGGCUGAGGAAGAGAGAGGCGAAAUAGGCGAUAUCCCCGGGUUGAUUGUGUUAGUGGGGGACGAAUGUGAAAAUGGACCCCUUGCUGCAGGUAAUGCUUCAUCAGAGUAUGGGGCAUUAUGGUGGGACGAACAGUUGAGUGACCUAGGAGCUGGCUCUGGACUUGAAGUAGUCUUUUGGGAUCAUAAAGCAGCUAGCCCGGAACCCUCAGCGAGAAAUGAAUUUGGAGGUAACAUCUCAAUUCUCUUAGAACUUAUGGGCAUUGCAAGGGUGCAGGAAGUGUUAGAAACCCAUCAAUGGUCAUCUUCAAGCUCAGACGAAGUUGAGCAAGAUUUGGAGUCUCUUAGCUUACGUGGAGAUCAGGAAUCUACUGGAGGGUUUACACUAGAAGCUAAUGAGCUCGAGAGGGAGAUGGCUGGCCUUCGGCUUGCAAUUAACAACAAUAUGGAUAAUGACGACAUCGACGAAGAGUUUAAGGAGAUGGGGGAUGACAGCCUUCAAGUCGAACAACUCGAAGGACUAAUGUUGAGAGUGCAGGCUAUAAAGGAGAUGGGAGCAGACUUACCUGACCAAGAAAGGAAGAGGUUUGCUGCAAAGGCCAUCAAGGACCUAAUGAAGGAUAUAUGA